GCUAGCACGGCUAGCAGCGUAAAUAUAGCUGAGUUGUAGACAAUAAUAAACUAACCAGCAGAGUUAGCAUGCUAGCAGGGGUAACAGUGUAAUAUAUAACUAUCUUAGAUAAGUGGGGAGUGAUUCCUAGACUGUUAAAUGUUUAUUAGAUGUGUUAUUAUUGAACUAUAGCUAGCAUCAGUAGCAUUAGCAGGUAGCGGCGCAGACGUUCCCCGGAAGUUCUUCUUCUUCUUCUUCGUGGCAGGAGGAGGCGGUAGCUUAGUGCCACGUUGAUGGAGACCAGUGGGGACGUGGAAAUCUGUCUUGAGUCGGUAGCCGGGACCCGGUAGCCUCUUCUUCUGUUUUUAUUGCCUUUAAUCCCGAAGCACAACCCAAAGUGGAAGCUGUACGGGCGGAGGAGUGUUAUAGGGCUGGUCACCUGGUUUAUGUUCAUGUAAGAGGGAACCAAAAAGGGAAGGAUGAAACUUAAAGAGAUCAACCGCACAGCCAUCCAGAGCUGGAGCCCUGCACAGCACCACCCCAUCUACCUGGCAACAGGAACUUCAGCCCAGCAGCUGGAUGCCUCAUUCAGCACCAAUGCCUCUUUGGAGUUUUUCGAGCUGGACUUGACUGAGCCGUCUCUGGACAUGAAGUCAUGUGGCAGCUUCUCCUCCUCUCACAGAUACCACAAACUGGUCUGGGGUCCCUAUGGAAUGGACAGUCAGGGUCACCCAACCGGGGUCCUGGUUGCAGGAGGCGAGAAUGGUAACGUCAUCCUGUACGACCCUGCAAAGAUCAUGGCGGGAGAGACGGACGUGAUCUUUGCUGAGAGCGACAAACACACGGGGCCGGUCAGAGCCCUCGACGUCAACCCGUUCCAGACGAACCUGGUUGCAUCAGGUGGGAAUGAGUCUGAAAUCUACAUCUGGGACAUGAAUAACUUUGGCUCUCCAAUGACACCAGGACCUAAAACUCAGCCUCUGGAGGACAUCAGCUGUGUGGCGUGGAACCGACAGGUCCAACACAUCCUGGCGUCCGCCAGCCCGAGCGGCAGAGCCUCCGUGUGGGACCUGCGCAAAAAUGACCUCAUCAUUAAAGUUAGCGACCACAGCAACAGAAUGCAUUGUUCCGGGUUGGCGUGGAACCCAGAAGUGGCGACUCAGCUGGUUCUGGCCUCGGAGGACGACCGGAUGCCAGUCAUCCAGAUGUGGGACUUACGUUUUGCUACCUCUCCGCUCAAAAUUUUUGAGAAUCACACACGGGGCAUCCUGUCCAUCGCCUGGAGUCUAGCUGAUCCCGAGCUGCUCCUGAGCUGCGGGAAGGACAACAGGAUUCUGUGCUGGAAUCCAAACACGGCAGAGGUGUUGUAUGAGCUGCCGACCAGCAGCCAGUGGUGCUUUGACAUCCAGUGGUGUCCCAGGAACCCUGCAGUGCUGUCGGCUGCUAGCUUUGACGGACACAUCGACAUCUACUCCAUCAUGGGAGGAACCAACCAGGCGCAGAGCAAGAGACACGCCGACCAGAUUAGCAACUCCUUUGGGAACAUGGAUCCUUUUGGUACGGGACAAACUUUGCCCCCGCUGCAGCUGCCCCAGACUGCUGCCCCUCCAGCUACAGUUAACCCCUUAAAGAAGCCGCCCAAGUGGAUCCGCAGACCCGUCGGAGCCUCUUUUGCCUUUGGUGGGAAGCUGGUUUCUUUGGAGAACACAAAGCUGAACCUGCAGCAGCCUCAGCAGCCCGCUGCACAGUCACAUGUUGUCCACAUCAGCCAGGUUGUCACAGAAACGGCGUUAUUGAAGCGCUCCGAGCAGCUGCAGGCCACUCUGAGCGCAGGCAGCUUCGUGGGUUUCUGCCAGGAAAAGAUCGAUGGAGCUGAAAAUGAGUUUGAAAAGACUCUUUGGUCUUUUCUCAAGGCUAAUUUUGAAAGCGACAUCCGCAGCAAAUACCUGGAACUUCUGGGGUAUAACAAAGAAGAGCUAGCCUUAAAGAUUUCUGCAGCACUGGAGGAAAAGCCUGCUGAUCCUCCACAGGUGGAAGUGCCCGCUCCUGCUCCAGCGAGCCUCCAUCCUUUACCGGACCUCAGCCUUGUGCCGCCACCUGCUGACACUCCCGAGGCAGCGUUCGACAUGAUCGCUGCCGCCGCCGCGCCGCCUGCUGAGGACGCGUUCGACCUGAUCGCUGCUGCAGCAGCAGCACAGCCUGCUGACACUCCUGAAGCAGCGUUCGACAUGCUUUCUGCAGCCGCCGCACCGCCUGCUGAGGAAGCAUUCGACAUGAUCGCCGCUGCAGCCGUGCCGCUCGCCGACUCUCCCGUGGCGGCGUUCGACAUGAUUGCUGCAGCCGCCGUGCCGCCUCCUGAGGACGCAUUCGACAUGAUCGCUGCAGCCGCCGCGCCGCCUGCUGACACUCCAGAGGAAGCGUUCAAUAUGAUCGCUGCAGGAAAUCUUGAACCAGCAGCCACGCUGGAACUGGACUCUGUUCCUGACCCGGAAGAGACUGAAGCGCCAGCAGCAGCAGCAGCAGAUCCAGAGGACGCUCCGGCCAGCGAACCAGAAGAAAACAUGGACCAGGUUCUCCUAGAGGAGGAAGCAGAGGAAGAGGAGAUCCCCUUGGAGGAGGAGGAGGAGGAGACUGUAGCGCCAGCAGAGGAGGAGGAGGAGCCCAGUCCUCCAGAGAUCUCGCCUCCAGUUGAGGAGCUGACUGAGGCUUUAGCUCCAGUUCCAGCACUGGCUCCGGCUCCGGCCCCUUCCCCGGCCCCGGCCCCGUCUCCUGCCCCCGCCCAAACAGAAGGAGUUAGUCUCAGCAUCAGUCAAGAUGUGGAUGGGCUGAUCACUCAGGCCCUGCUGACUGGAGACUUUGAAGGCGCGGUGGAGCUCUGCCUCCAUGAUAACCGGAUGGCCGACAGCAUCAUCCUGGCCAUCGCCGGAGGAGCCGAGCUCUUAGAGAAAACCCAGAGGAAGUAUUUCACAAAGACACACAGCAAGAUAACCAAGCUGAUCAGUGCAGUCGUGAUGAAAGACUGGCACGACGUCCUGAAGACGUGUGACCUGCAGAACUGGAAGGAGGCUCUGGCUGCUGUCAUGACCUACGCUCAGCCCGACGAGUUCUCCUCCCUCUGUGAUCUUCUCGGGGACAGACUGGAGACGGCAGAGGACGCACAACUGCAAGCUCAAGCCUGUCUGUGUUACAUUUGUGCUGGAAAUGUGGAGAAACUUGUGUCUUGCUGGACCAGGGCACAGGACGGACACUGUCCUCUCUCUCUCCAGGAUCUGGUGGAGAAGGUGGUGGUGCUGCGGCGUGCGGUGGAGCAGACGCAGCGCUCUGGACCCGCCGCCAUCGGCAUCCUGCUGGCUGAGAAGAUGAGCCACUACGCCAACCUGCUGGCCUCACAGGGCAGCCUGUCCACCGCCAUCACAUACCUGCCUGACAACAGCAACCAGGUUGCCGUGCAGCAGCUCCGUGACCGCCUCAGCAGAGCUCUCGGGCAGCAGGCGGUGGCGGUGGCGGCUGCUCCUGCUGCUCCUGCAGCUCCGGUUCAGCCUCAGAGAGUUCAGUCGCAGCUUCCCGCCCGGAACCAGCCUCAGCCCGCCGCCGCCAUGCCCCGCCAUCCCUUCACCCCCAUCCAGCCCGCCAUGGUGCCUCAGCCCGCUGCAGCAGCUCCAGUGCCUCCGCCUGCUGCCUCGGCCCCGGCUCAGCCGCAGUAUUACCAGCCAGUGAGGGCUGCCUCCACUGUCACCUCCUGGAGUAACCAAACUCCCACAGCCCUCCCCAAUCUCCCUCCUCCUCCUCUUCAAGUAGGCAGAGCCUCAGAGCAGCAGGUGGAGCCUCCAAACCAAAUGUACGGGAUGCAGCCGGCCAGCACGGCUGCUCCGCCUCCAGCCUCCACCCACGCAUACAUGUACUCCCAUCAGUACCAGCCAUCCUGUGUGACUCCAGCCUACCCCCAGGUCAACCAGUACCAGCCUGGAGCUGGGGGGGCUCCUCCUAUCUAUCAGCCUCUUCAGUACUCCUCCUCCUCCUCUGCUGCUCCUCCUCCUGCAGAGCCUCCCGGCUUUCUCUCUCACUACACACAGCCGACAUCUCCGGUCUAUCCGCCUCCCAUCAGCCAGUGCCUGUCCUCCUCUCCUCCCUCCCAUCCUCCUCCUUUCUAUCCAAACGCCUCCUCCUCCUCCUCAUUUUCUGCUCCUCCGUCCUCCGGAGCGCCUUUCCAGCAUGGCGGGCCAGGAUCUCCUGUGUCGUACAUGCCUCUACCUCCACCAGGAGUCUCAGGGCCUCAGAACGGCUGGAACGACCCUCCGGCUUUGAUGAGCAGAACAUCAAAGAAGAAACAGGUUCCAUCAAACUACACCCCUCCUGCCCCCAUCACUGCUCCCAUCAUGGCCCCUCUGGGUGGGGACCCCCAGGCACAGCCGGUCCCUGCUGGGGCCCCUCAGGGCCUGAACCAGGGCCCCUACCCAGGCAUGCAGCAGCAGCAGCAGCAGCAGCAGCAGCAGCAGCAGCAGCAGCAGCCUCCACCCAUGAACCCUGCGAUGCCCAAGACCAGUAUGGAGGGAGCACCAGGAGCUCCGACUGGAGAUCUCAUACAGCCUCUGCGCUCCAUCCCUGCUGAGAAGAUCCUGAAGAAGCCGAUCCCUGAGGAGCAUCUGGUCCUGAAGACCUCCUUCGAGGGACUCAUCCAGAAGUGUUUGGCUGUAGCUACAGACCCCCAAACGAAGAGGAAGCUUGAUGACGCCAACAAGCGUCUGGAGGCGCUCUACGACAAACUCAGAGAGCAGACGCUCUCUCCGGCCAUCGUCGGAGGACUUCACAACAUCGCCCGGAGCAUCGAGUCUCGGUCCUACGCCGAGGGCAUGAACAUCCACACACACAUCGUCAGCAACAGCAACUUCAGCGAGACGUCGGCGUUCAUGCCGGUGCUGAAGGUGGUGCUGACACAAGCCAACAAACUGGGAGUGUGAAACUCCUCCGAGUCUUGACGGAGACGGAGCGGCCGAUUGGUCGAGCUCGUCUCACAGGGAGCUGCAAUCUUUUGACUCACAGUGCAAAAAAAGACGAAGGAUUCAGAGAUGUAAACAAAUCCUGUUAGAUUCUUCUUCUUCGUGCCAUUCAUGAUUUCUGAUCAGACACAAGCCAUGCUAUCAGUCGCACUCAGUGGUGAAAGUAAAGUCUGAGCCCCGUGCAGACAGAAGGGCUGCAGACUGGAAUCAAGUAUAAAGUAAUAAAACGUUUGUUUUUAAUCACAGCCAUUAAUGAGAGAUUAAUGAGAGUGUAGUGCAAUAGUUGUAUUGAAGCGAAAUCUCCAAAUUAGCAAGCAAAAUAAACGUUUUUUGUGGCGGUUGUGGAAUAAAUAUAGUUUAUAGAUGAAAAAAGAAGGAAAAGGAACAGAAAAUUCAGGAAAUUUUAAGGGCAUUUCUAUCUACUUUUGUUAAGAUGAAAGAAAAUUAAUGUAUUUACAGUUUAAUCUCGAUGAAUUUGGCAUUAACGGCACGCGCAGCAUGCUUUUACCUCAUUAAUCAUGCAAACAACAAUCAUGAAAGAAAUAUUAGCUCCCUUUAUAGUCUUUGGAUAUUUGUGCACUACAUUAAUGCUCAGAUGCCUUUAUAAUCCAUAAAUGCAUUGAAUUUACUCGUAAAAUCGUGCUUUAUUUUUACAUAUAAGUGCAUUGCAUGCAUUUUGCAACAAACCUGCAGACACUACAGGUUGGAGAAGAUGGAUUAAUUUUAAAACGGGGCAUUAGAUUGACUUAAAGUUCCCCUCACAAGCAUUUAAUGCAUAAUUAAGGCUUUUAUUUGUACUCUAAUCUGCUUUUACUGGCUUACUUUCACCACUGGUGUCACUACAUGCAAAACAUUGGACCAAGAUGUUGUCAGUGUGUGGGAAACGUCAACGCAAAGCAAUGCAAUCCCAUUUGUUGAGGAUGUUUUAAUGUUUUAGUUCCUUUUUAUUCCUUUUUUUUUUUCUUUUCAGUGUAAUCAUGAGGCUCAGCAGAGUGCAAUGAACUUAAAAAAAAACAAACAACGAGACUGCUUUUAUGGAAUUUUAAAAGUAUGCAUGCUUAAACAAACGCUAGCGAUCUUUAAUGGCAUCGGAGGUAAUUAAUUAAUCGGCUAAUUAAUCAGAUCUCGGAUGGAAACUGGAAACUGGAGACUUGUACUUGAUUUUCAUUCCAACUACAAUGAGAGCUGCAGUCUGAGUGGUCAACCUCAGUUUAUGUUGUUAAUAAAGGAAAACAAGUCUUUGUUUAAGAUUGACUACAUGCAAUAUUUUCAAUAAAUAGUAUUUAUUUACAAUUUCA